AUGUACGUAGAAACCUUUUGCGAGCAGUUUGUUCCUGCGCCAUUGGUGGCGCAACCAUCGAUUUCGAACUUGAGCUCUGUCCAAAUGACCGUCGCGUCCACGGUGCUACCCUCGACCUCCAACUUGAGCUCUGUCCAAAUGACCGUUGCGUCCACGGUGCUACCUUCGACCUCUAACUUGAGCUUUGCUACUGCCUCCCAUGAUUUGCACUGGCGUUGGUACUACAUCAUCUACCUUCUUUUGGCCUGGCAAAUAGCGGCUGUCUUUUGGAAAUUUUGGUGGAAGGCUCCAUCCAAUGUCACCAUCGCGGCGUAUCCGACGCCGUUGGGUAGGUGGUUGACAGCAUUACGUAUGAUUGUGGAUUCAGAAACGCUUCUCCAAAAGGCAUAUGACUCGUCUCAUGGGAAACCUUUCGCCAUUCCCAUGACCGACCGCUGGAUCGUCUUCGUAUCGGAUCGUGAUCAGCUCAAACAGCUGGAAUGUGAACCUGAAUCCCUACUGUCGAUGGAAGAGGCGCUGCACGAACUUGCAUUCACGGAGCCAAUUCUAGGCCAUCUUCAAGUACCGCCCGAGCACAAAGGACCCAAGAGUGAGGCAUUUCGCGUCAUGAUUGGUGUGCUAAAAAACAAGCUCCGGUCGAAUGUUCCCGCAAUGAGCAAUGCCUUUCAGAUGCGAAUCAGGGAUGCAGUAGCUCUAGAGGUGACACCUCCAAACGACAAAUGCGUACAAGAUCAUGGUGACUGGCAAAAGGUCCGGCUCAUGCCAGCGCUCCUACGCAUCUUUACUCGGGUGAAUCUCUUGGCUUUUAUUGGCGAGGAUCAAGCCGACCGCCUCGAAGUCUAUGACAAUGUCAUGAGCUUUUUCUGGAGCUGCGCCAAAGCUUUCCCCAUCUUGAACCUCACACCGGGCUUCCUUCUGCCACUCAUCGGUCCCAUAGCAAUGGGUUGGGGUGUAACCCGACACAAGGUAUAUGAUCUUCUGCUGUGGCUUACCUGCCAAACUCUUGAAGGCGAGGAUUCAUGUGAUGGAAAGACUCAAGCGCAGGGGCAUAUCACUCAAUGGACAGCCGAGAUGACCAGGCUUCAAGACGCCGCUGCAGUCGCCAAGGUUACGCUUGGUCUUCUGUUCGCGAGUGCAUUUCAGGUCCCCAUGAUUGCUCAGUUCUGUAUCUAUAGCUUCUGCAAGCACCCGGAAUAUCACGAGAGACUCAGAGCUGAAGCUGAGGAGUGCAAGGACGCGUCGUUCGGUUCCUUGAAUCAGGAAAUGCCUUAUCUCGACAGCUUCGUGAAAGAGACUGCCCGCCUGAGUCCGGGCCCAAUUCUCAGCGCUCCUCGCACAGUCAUGGCUCCAUAUACCUCCUCUGAUGGCUAUCACGUUCCGACUGGCAAUUGGCUUGCUAUACCACAACUCUCGCUCAUGCGCGAUGAGAGUAUUUGGCCACGCGCCGCGGCCUUUGAAGGGUUUCGCUUCGUCGAUGAAAAAAAUGGCACGUCAGAGACUCGACUUACUCAUCCGAGCUACGAGUUCCCAUUCUGGGGAUCAAUUCGCCAUGCUUGCCCUGCGCGCUUCUACGUAUCCGUUGUCAUGAAGAUGAUCCUCUCACAUCUCAUUGUCGACUACGAAUUCAAACUUGCAGACCCGACAGGGCGGCCAUACCUGACAUUUGGCAAGACAAGACUGCCGAACCCGUUCAUGACGAUUCUAGUGCGGAAGCGAUCAGGCGGCAACUGA